GCGAGGAGAUGAGGUCCAUUCAUGGAGUUGUUUCAAUGUUUUUCUUCCUCUAUUUCGUGGUUUGGAGCUGCUUUGAGAUUUUCCAUUGCCAAGCCCAACCCCUCCCUCAACAUGAAGUGGAAGCACUGAAGAAGAUAGGAUCCCAGCUUGGGAAACAAUGGGACUUCGCAGUGGACCCAUGCAGUGGUUCCUCCGGCUGGGUGAAUUCCACCUCCGACAAAGAUUUCACCAGCAACGUCACUUGCGGCGCUUGCACCGCCGCCUCAUGCCACGUCAUCAGCAUCAUCCUCAAGAGCCAGAACCUCACCGGUUCCCUCCCUGAUGACUUCUCUGCUCUAACCUCUCUCCAAACCAUAGAUCUCUCAAGGAAUUAUUUGAGUGGCACUAUCCCUGUUGCAUGGGCUUCACUCCCUCUCACCAAACUUGCUCUUUUGGGAAAUCGCAUCUCUGGGAGCAUUCCCGAAGAGCUUGGUGACAUCUCCACUCUCCAAGAGUUAAUUUUGGAAGACAACUUUAUUGAAGGCGCAAUUCCUCAUUCUCUUGGCAAGCUAGUAAACUUGGAAGGACUUCUUAUUUCAGGAAAUAACUUCUCUGGGCAGUUGCCAGAUUCAUUAGGCAAUCUCAGAAACCUAACAAAUUUACGAAUUGAUGGCAAUCCUAUAUCAGGAAAAAUACCAAGUUUCGUUGGAAACUGGACGAAGCUGCAACGACUAGACAUGCAAGGCACUUCCAUGGAAGGGCCUUUUCCCCCCAUAUUUUCUACAUUAGAAUCAUUAACAGAGCUGAGGGUGACUGACUUGGCAGGAGGUGAUGGCACCUUUCCACCAUUACAAAAUAUGAUAGAAAUGAAAGAAUUAGUAUUGCGGAACUUGUCAAUAUCUGGUGAACUUCCUGUAUAUAUUGGGAAUAUGGCAAAUCUCAAAGUCCUUGAUUUAAGCUUUAACAAUUUGACCGGGCAGAUUCCAGUCAACUUUAGCAUGUUGAAUAAAUUGAAGUUUAUGUACCUUACUGCUAAUCAGCUUACAGGAGCAAUUCCAGAAUGGAUUCAGGGCAGGAAGAAACAUAACAUUGAUCUAUCAUAUAACAGUUUUGAUGGUUCUGAUGCGCCGGCCUAUUGUCCUUUGUCUAGUAACUUGAAUUUGGUUUCUAGUUACUCAUCUACAUUCACAGAUAAUAAGUCGAUUGCCUCAUGUUUGAGAAAAAGCCAGCCUUGUUCUGGAAAAGCAAGAAAUUACAACUUGUUCAUAAACUGCGGUGGUGGUCCAGUAACAGUCGGUGAUAAUGAGUACCAAGCUGACGUAGAUAGUGAAGGUCCAUCAAUUUACAGCUCAUUUGAUGAAAAAUGGGCUUAUAGUUCUACUGGUGACUUUGUGGGCAAUGAAGACCAACAAUACAUUGUGACUAAUGUGUCAGCUUUGAACUCCAACUUGCCAAAUCCAGAAUUGUACAUGAGUGCUCGUCUUAACCCGCUCUCUCUAAAGUAUUAUGGCCUCUGCCUUCAGAAUGGAAUCUAUACAGUAAAUCUGCACUUUGCUGAGAUUAUGUUCACCGAUGAUCAGACUUUUGCUAGUCUUGGAAGGCGCUACUUUGAUGUAUCUAUACAGGGGGAGAAAGUAUUGAGGGACUUCAAUAUUGCAAAUGAAGCUAAUGGAACUGGUCAGGCAAUCAUUAAGAGUUUCAAUGCUAAUGUAUCUAAUAACACUUUGGAAAUUCACUUUCAAUGGGCUGGAAAAGGAACCACUGCAAUUCCUCACAGAAGUGUAUAUGGACCUCUAAUUUCAGCUAUUUCAGUUACACCAAACUUUGAGCCUGAUACAAGUGAUAGCAGGCUAUCUACUGGAGCUCUUCUCUGUUGGAGUUUAAGACGAACUCCUUUGAAAUUUAUUAUUGCUAUCCUUUUUAAUAUUUUAACCUUUAUCUGAAUUUGGAUUUGAGAAGCUUUUAAACUAUUAGGAUCUCAUUGUCCUGUAAUGCAUGUGAGAUUACCUUUAUUAACAAACCUAUUUUAU